GAAAUAAAACGAUCUCUGAAAUUAGUUACGCUUCAACAACUUGGUUUUGGGUUCCGGUCACGUGGUCAUACACAAGGGGUCGGUCUUCAGCUACACAGACGCACCGCCCUGGCAGCAUCCAAUCUCUGCCGGUCUGAGAUAUGUGACCACGAGAGUCUCAGAGACUGGGUCAAAAUAAGUCUAAGUAAGUCUAGACGAUCAGGAAUGACUUUGAUAAUAUAUGAUAUCAUAAGAGGACUUGACAUUGCGAAAUACGGAUGUUCCCCGAGGCGUAACUGUAAAUGUUCGCGUGUGCACACCUUUCAUUCAAAACAGGUCCUAAUAAGUGUGAACCCUGAAAUAAAGUCGCUGAGAUCAUCUGUGGGAAAUUGUGUAAAGUACUGCAAUCGGGUAGCGCGCAUUCACAUGCACGCCGCGGGACUUGAACUCUUGUGCGCGCUAUCCAAAGAGGAGCGCUAUGCGGCUGCGGACAGCGCGCGACUGGAUCAGCACCGGCGUUUGGGUCCUGUUUUACCUUUUAUUAAAAGACAAACCCCUUGACAAAUCCAACAUAGGGGUCCACAUUUACAGAAGUGUUAAAUUCUACACAGACGCAACAGCUGUUUAUAAAGGUUCAUCAAAGACAAAGUUUUCAAGUUAAGCUUCCAGUGCAGAGGAUGACACAAUAAGCUGUCAGCUCAGAGUUUCUACAUUUACCAACUAUGCUACCAAAGGAGCAACACAAUGAUGGCAAGGCAGCCAAAAUCCUCCACUAUGAAGAAGUCAAGUCUACGGAGAGAGAAAAGAGCGAGGUUGUGUAUGUGGACCCACCAGAUGGAGGUUGGGGUUGGAUGGUGGUUCUGCAUUGUUUCCUAGUAAAUGUGUUGGUAAUGGGCACACUGAAGAGCUUCGGGAUCUUCUUUGUGGCAUUGCAGGAUGAGUUUGGAGGCUCGUCGGAGAGUAUCAGCUGGAUCGGGUCCAUCAUGUCCAGCCUCAGGCUCUCUGGAGGUCCGUUGGCCUCAGUGGCGUGUGCAAAGCUGGGGAACAGAGUUACAUCCAUAAUGGGGGCAUUUCUGGUGAGCGCCGGCUUUAUCUGCAGCAUAUUUGCCUCCAGCGUGAUCUACCUUUACAUUAGUAUGGGGCUUGUUGUAGGUCUCGGGUUUGCUCUGCUAUAUCAGGCCUCAUCUGUUGUAAUAGUGGCCUAUUUCCGAAAGAGGUUGGCAACUGCAUAUUCUAUUGGACGCUCUGGCAUGGGUCUGACCUUCGCCCUCGCUCCCUUCACUCAGCUGCUUUUGGAUCAGUAUGCUUGGCAGGGAGCUCUGUUGAUUAUGGGUGGUCUGAUGCUAAACCUGGUGGCCUCUGGGAUGCUUCUGCGCCCCAUUAAUGUAACACAUUCAGCCUCUUUAACUUCAAACUCCGCCCCGUCCAAAGCUUCCCCUGACACUUUAAGAGGAUUGGAAAAAGACCCAUCUAAAAACAACAUAAAUGGCAACACACCUGUGUCCAAUGGCAUCUCCAAAAUGGACAGCUCCCCUUCCUUUCAAAGAGAUAUGCUUAUCAUAGAAAACCCAGCGCAAAACAAUGCUCUCCCACAUUUGGAACUUAAAAAACUCAUACAGAAUGGGGUGAACGGAACAGACAGCAGCCAAAUUAAAGUAGCCCCUGAGAUGAAUGGGGUAUCUCCUGUAGAUAAUUUACUUGAGAAAACCAAAACUGAAAAAGCACCUAAACAUUCGAAUAAAGUGUUGGACUUCUCGCUAUUGAAGAACCCUUUCUUUUGCAUCUACACCUGGUCGCUGGUCUUCAGUCAGUUGGCUUAUUUUAUCCCUUACUUUCAUUUGUCUGCAAGAGCCCGGACCCUGGGCAUUGACCCUAUGGAUGCCUCCUUCAUUAUCUCUGUGGCUGGUAUAACAGAGACAGUGGCUCAGCUUGCAUCCGGUUGGGUGACGGACAGGAAUCUGGUUCACAAAUAUCAUUAUCAUAAGGCUUACCUGAUUCUGUGUGGGGUGGUUAAUCUUCUCUCACCCCUGGCCACUUCUUACAUCCUACUCAUGGUUUAUGCUGUUUUCUUUGCUAUCUUCUGUGGGGGUUAUAUGGCCCUCUUACUUCCUGUGCUGGUGGAUUUGGUUGGUUCUGAAAAGCUGAAUAACUCAAUGGGGUUCUCAAUGUUCUUUGUGGGGCUUGGCUGUUUAACAGGUCCUCCUCUGGCAGGCUUCCUAUACGACUACACUCAGACCUACGACUGUUCGUUUUACCUGGCGGGGGUGUGUUAUCUACUGUCAUCGGUUUCUCUUUUCUUGGAGCCUCUGGCGAGACGCUGGCAAGCCAAAAAAAAUCUGGAGACAUUAAAUGAAGAGCUGAUGUGGAGUAAUGGCUGUUUCUGCCCAGCACCUCAAAGAAAUGGUGCUGUAUAAGACUUUUAAAUCAUGUCAUGCGAUUCACCCCUUGUUGGCAAAAUGGAAGAGGACCUGGACUUUUGAAUGGACCACAGUAUGCAUGGCAAGCAAAUGAAAGUUUAUUUAAAUGCUGAGAUUUAUCUACGACCAACACAAUAUGAAUGCUUGAGGACACUACAAUGCAAAGUUUUUGUGAGAAUGGAUUUGGAGAUGGUUUGAUACAAAUCAAAAACUGAGAGUUAAUCAGCACAAGUGAACUCAAGUCUUAAAUGUCAUUAUUUAAGCAUUUUUAUAUAUUAAGUGUCCCUACAUGGUUUCAAUCUAGCACAUCAAAGAUCUUCCUAUUUUAGAAAAUCCUUAAAUGCUUCCACUGGCAAUGAUUUGUGUGUAACUUGGACCACAUGGCAAAUGGACGAAUUUGAUGGUUAUGGUUCUAGGGGUGUCCUAAAGUACCACACCAGUUAUCCAAAGUUUUUCUCUCAUUCUACCCCAACCCACUUUUCUUUUUUUCCAAGUUAUCCUAAGCACCUUGAAUAGCUGGGCUAAAUUUGACAGAAAGGUGACCCUAUAUGGUUUGACACCCCUAUUAUUUUAUGCAAUAAGUUUGUAAAGGGCUGCCACAUAAAGCUGUGUCCCACAUUCUGAACCUUGAAUGCCUUCAAAUGUGUAUUGCGUAUGUAUUUUUAUAAUGUUUAGUACUAUGUACAGCACUGUAUAUACUGGGCCACACUGACAUCAAUUUGGAUCAAGUUUAAUUUUGUCACUGGUGCCUCAGUUGAAAAAAUGUUUUGGUCCAGUAUCUCAAUGUUUUUUCCUUGGCUGGUGCCAAAUGACACACUGUAGUGUUCACUACUAACAACCAAGUGAUUUUCUGGAACAAACCGCUGCAUUCGGAUUAUGAGUGAAAAGCCUUCUGAUACUAAUGAGCCAAGAAUUGCAGGAAUUAGGUCAGUUGGCUGGUGGGUUCACGUGUACUGGAAACCCAGACGGUGAGCAUUUCUGCAGGGAGUUUUUUUUUUACAAUUUUGGUUGCAUUAAAUAUCUCACAGUGCAGCUCUGUUUAUCACCACUGUUUGCCUUUGUACGCCUGCAGCGGCUGUGCUAACUGUCCUGUAAUGAGAGCCAAAGAUGCAACAGAUCAUUUAUAGCUCUAUGCAUUUGAGCAUGUCCUCCUUGUUUAGCAAAGUGCAUUAAUUACUGCUCACACACUGCCCUCUAGUGACACACACUGUGUACUGCCACUGGAAUCCUGGGUCAAUUCAUGCAAGCCAUGCUCUGUAGAGCUUUGAAAUGCACACUUUCUUUUAGCAACACUGUGAUGAUAAACUGUUUAUAUGACUAUAUACGCACAUAUGUAACAACUAAAUGAAAUAGAGACAUUAUGUAGCAACUGUUUUCAAGAUUUUUAUUAUUUCAUUUAGUGCUCUUUGAAGGGUGGGUGGUUAGUGUCAAUAAUGUUAUCAAUAAUUGUAAACUCAGAAGCUGCCUUUUUAGCUAAGGGCACCGCAACAAUUGUCAAUGACAGUGACAUCACCAGCUAUACUGUACUGUUAGUUCUGGAGGUUGUAUAGCUUGAUGGUAGGGGAUUAUUACGGUAUGUGAAAGUUAUUUUAUACUUUUACUAAAGGUUUGGGGGACAAUAUGUUGUCAUUUCCUGAAAUGUUUGUUGAUUUCCAUGAGAUGUUUUCCCACAUUUAGAGUUUUAGGGAAAUGAAUAGCUUACUGAUUGUUAUCUCUGCAUAUUAUGAUGGGACAGAACAUUUUAACAUUAAAACUUUAUAUUGUUAUAUAAUGAUGACUUGUUUGUAUGUGGUAUGGCUUGUUAUUUUUAAAGCACACAUUUAAUUAAUGAAUUAUGU